CGAUACGCGGCCUAUCGGAAUCGAAGUGUUUUGCAUGAACAUCGAAUUUUAGCUCCGCUCCGACACGCAGUAACUUAAUAACAAAAACUCAUUACUUAUUUAUUACUGCCGCCGAUUUGCCAGCGCGAAAAGAUCCCGAUACCAGGCCCAACGCAUUCCCCAAUUCGAAUCAAGCAGGAAAAUACCGGAUAAUAAUUGGCAAAGAUGCAGAUCAAAGAAUUCCGUGUGACUUUGCCAUUGACUGUGGAAGAGUAUCAAGUUGCACAAUUAUUCUCGGUGGCCGAGGCGUCAAAGGAGAACACGGGAGGCGGCGAGGGCAUCGAGGUGUUAAAGAACGAACCCUUUACAGACUUCCCCCUGCUGGGUGGGAAAUACAAUUCCGGUCAAUAUACAUAUAAGAUCUACCAUCUGCAAUCAAAAGUUCCAGCCUACAUUAGACUAUUGGCACCCAAGGGCUCUUUGGAGAUCCACGAGGAGGCAUGGAAUGCUUAUCCCUAUUGUCGAACGAUUAUCACGAACCCCAAAUUCAUGAAAGAGGCUUUCAAAAUAAUCAUCGACACGCUGCACGUCGGCGAUGCGGGCGAUUCAGAAAAUGUGCACGAGCUGACGCCGGAUAAGCUGAAAAUACGAGAUGUGGUGCACAUCGACAUUGCCAACGAUCCGGUGCUGCCUGCGGACUACAAGCCCGAUGAGGAUCCAACCACCUACCAGUCAAAGAAGACGGGUCGCGGUCCCCUGGUGGGAGCCGAUUGGAAAAAGAGUGUCGAUCCUGUCAUGACCUGCUACAAGCUGGUCACGUGCGAGUUCAAAUGGUUCGGCCUGCAAACAAGAGUAGAGAAUUUUAUACAGAAAUCGGAGCGCCGCCUCUUUACAAACUUCCAUCGCCAAGUUUUCUGUUCAACCGAUCGCUGGUACGGUCUAACAAUGGAGGACAUCCGCGCCAUCGAGGAUCAGACGAAGGAGGAGCUGGACAAGGCGCGGCAGGUGGGCGAGGUGCGGGGAAUGCGCGCGGACGCCGAUUAAAUCUAGUAGAAAAUUGUAAACAAACUAUGUGUAUGUAAAAUCCAGGCAAAACAAGAACUAAAAGGCAAAACAAAGCAAAGCAAAACAAAACAGAUAAAUGAAAUUGAGAUAAAAUUGCAUAAAUAAAUUUACGAUACAAACAAACACCAAGCAAACAAAAUGAAACGAAAUUAAAGCAAUGUGAAGCCACAGCAGCGUCAAGUGAAACAAAAGGCAAGCUGAGCAAACACCAAGUGUACGACAACCGCAGUAACAGCAACAAAGCUUAGUUCUAGUGUAGCACACGACAACAAAUUAAAGAGCCCGAGAAACGGCUGCAACCGCAGUAAGUUAGUUAAGUUCCUUCCACUGCACUGUAUGUAAAAUGUAACCAGGCUACAGGAUGCCGAGCAAAACACACACAGGACAUCUGUUGACGGUACUCUGCUCCACGCAUGGCCUGCCCUGCCCUGCUUCACGUCAAAUCCAAUUGUUUAAGUUGCAUUUUGUAAAUUGUGAAAUAAACCAAAUGACAGUUAAUGUAAAAAGUUAAACGCAAA